CGCACCUCGCACCAUUCCCGUGAGCAGUUGACUGGCUGGCGUCCUUUGGUGGCGUACGUAAAAGUGAGCAAAGGAAAAGCGGAUCGCGGAUAGCGAAAAGUGGCUAUAGUUCGUGACAGUAUGAAGUGGUUAGUGUUAGCCUUUGCCCUUGUGGCGGCUAUAAGCUGGGCCCAAGGUAGUGUCGUGAAGAGUGUUUUCGUGGGCACUGGCCCGGAGGAGUACGUGUAUCAGUACGAGCUGGAUGUGACGACCGGUGUGGUUGAGCCGCACUACGGUUCGAUGUAUCGUGUGCAAGCCAAAAUGCAUGUCCGACCAGAUCCUUCCGGAAACGGAACGUUCGUGUACUUCGACGAUCCGAAGGUGUUCCUGUACACGGGCCAUCUACCACUACCGGUGGAACCGAAGGCAGAGAACUACACGCAGUACGCCAAGCAGGCAGAAGCGUUCAUCCAACCGUUCUACGUGACUUACGACAAGUUUGGACUGGUGCAGGAGGUGUUUACCACCAAGACGGACGUACUGUGGAGUGUAAAUCUGAAGAAAGGAGUCGCUGCUAUGAUGCAGCUACCAGUGGACAAGUUCCCGACGAAGUAUGUCAAGCCAUUCGUAUUUACCGAAACGGAAGAAUCCGUUUAUGGAAAGGUGAACGUUACCUACGCUGUACAUUCCACCGAUGGACAGCAAGUUCAAGUGAUGAAGACACCGGACUAUGAAUCGUUUGCUCAUCUACCGUACGAUCUGUACACCAAUGUGGAACCGUUCCAUGUGUAUCACAACAGGACCACAUGGAAUUCCGUACUCCCGGUUGUAGAAUAUGACGUGAUGUUCCACCGGGACGGUGUGAAAGUUUACCAAGCAUACUCGGAAAGCACCAAGUAUGUGCAACCAUUCACCGCUGAGGGUCAGAAGCAAUUUGUCACGACCAAGCAGACAGUCGUGUUCAAGAACACUGUUGCUGCCAGCAAGACGUUUGAAUUCACCGGAUUCCCCAUGUACCACUACGUGCACUAUGAAACGUCCGAGUCGGUCUUUGAGGAAACUUACCCGACCCUGGCCACCAUAUCGCCGAUCGUAGACAUUUCUACCGUUGGUCCCAAAGUUCAGGUGAUGCUGUAUGAAGCUGUCCAAUAUCUACAGGAGAAUCAAAUCACGAACCAGGAAACCGAAACGAAGCACGGUUUAGUGAUCACGCGCAUCAUUGAAGCACUGAAACCGUUCACCGUUGAGAACUACGCCCAGUUCUGGACUGUACUGACGAAGUCAACCACUCCGAAGGAUCUGAUGGCAGUGGACAUUUUCUACAAGGUGCUCCCGUCCGUCGGCACGAAGUACGCCGUGCAGUUCGUGAUGGAUAUGGUAAAGAAUCACAAGGUGAAGGAAUCGGUCGCAUCCGGCAUGCUGUUCUCGCUCGGUGUCAACGUACGUGCACCGUCCGUGGAGCUACUGCACAGCGUCGAAGACUUCAUUAACUUCCCCGAGUACGUUAAGCCGGAUGUAGCUCACGCUGCCAUCCUAUCGUUCGGUACCAUGGUGUACAAGACGUUCCAGCACGAAAAAUACUCGACGGAAAUUGAGAAGUACAUUAAGGUGUACUACAAACAUCUGAAGGAAGCGAAAACGUUCGAGGACCAGCUGGUUUGGUUGCACGGUUUGAAGAACAUUCAGCUGGGCUCGGUUGGUGAGCUGUUGGUGCCACUAGUUAAAGGUGAACCGGUGUUGGAUGUGGCGUACGAUCGUCAUCUACAGGUGCAUGUGAUUUAUGCACUGAUGGAAAUUAUGGAUCACGAGCACGAUACGCUCUUCGAGGUCGUAUUCCCGGUUGUGACAGAUGACACGCGGCCUGUUGAGCUGCGUGUGGCCGCUGUCAAGGUGAUCGUCUCGAUGGAAGAUGUACACUACUUCACGAAGCUUGUUGCCUUCAUGAAGAUGGAAACGAAUGUUCAUGUCUACUCGUACUUUAUCACCACCAUCAGAAGCUUGGUCAAUUCGGAUGUCUACUUCGGUACUGAAUUCUACCACUAUCUGCAGCAGGUCGUCACUGAGUUCGUUCACUACGAUCCGGCAGUCGAGACGAAAUCCUUCUUCUACGAUUACGUUGAUGUCGAGCAGAAAGUGGGCAGCAUCAUUAGCGGAAACAUGAUCGCCGAUGUGAAGUACAACAAGGUGAACCAGUUCUACAUUAGCUUCGCUCCUUACGUGAUGGAUCGCGUGUACGAUCUUUACUCGGUGUAUGUCAAGUUCGAGGGAGUUCACAAUCCGCUCUCGCUUGUGUGGCCUAAACUGUUCAAUGUUGAUCCGAAAACGAUCAACGAACCGAUUACGCAGAACCACGAAAACGUUCCCGUGCACGUGGAAUUUACGUUCAUGGCUAACGGUAAGGUUGUGUACACGAAAUACUUCAACGAGGAAACGAUCAAGCAGUUCUACACGUAUACCUAUCUGACGAUCCUCAAGACAUUGCAGUACCAAUUUACCACCGUGCUAAACGUGGCUGAGGUCGAGCUGUACACACCGACGUACGACGGAGUGCCGGUUAAGGUUGCACUAAAGAUGCCACUUGUGUCGCAAUUCAAGUACAACGUGGUCGUACCAUCGACUACCAAUCAGAACGAGGUGACGCUCACGGUCAACAGCUUCUUCCGCAUGUGGAUGCACGGAUACUACGGUGUAUCGGUGUACAAUCCGUUCGCCUUAACCUGGCAAGGUACGCGUCGUGUGCAAGCGUUCGAUUUCCACGUCCCGCUAGUGUUCGAUGUCAUCUUUAACUUCCAGCAGAACUCCUUCAAGCUCGUCUGGAGCAAGCACGCCAACGAGGUGUUUAAUGUGGUCGGCUUUAAGUCGCACGUCAAAACUCAGGUUUACGCUAGACCAGACACAGAAGUGGACUAUCUCACGUCCUCUUGCCCGGCGUGUUUCCACUACCAAACGGUAAAGGCUGUCCCGGUACCAAAGAAGAAAGAUGUCGUACUGUACGAAGCUCACUCGAGGUACACCGGACUGCAUUUCUAUCUGUCUGUAUUCGACGUGGAGGUUCCACCGACAGUCAAAUACUACAAGUCACUGAACGACAUCUUCACAUCGGAUCUGUUCCAUGAGCUCGAACACGUAACCGUGUUUGACUUUGUGACGAAAUACUUCACCUGGUUCUACACGACCGUGCUGCCACCGAAACCAACGAGUUACGGUGUUGUCGGGUAUGUGAACCCGUGCAAAGUGUAUCCCUUCGAUAAGGUAGAGUUCACGUUCAAGGUAGACAGCGAGGCGUUGUCACACACACUGUGGACCACACCGGACUAUCGCCAAUACGUCAAGUUCACGGCCAUCUUCAAGAAGACCGAUGUUGUUGUGAACCACUGGGACGUUAACGUGUACUACACGCACGAGUAUGGAACGUACUUCAAAACGAUCAACAUGCAGAUAACGCACCAAACCCCGGGCGAGAAGCACAUGAACAUCUGCCUCGACUGGGUAAAGAAUGUUGUGCCGGAGUCGGUUACUGGAAAGCUUUCAUACUUCCACGGUUACUCGUACGAUCACAAAUGCGUCAAGGACGAUAUGGUGGUGUCGAUCGAAUUGAUCGGUGUACAGUCGGAUGUACAGAAGAAUCUUACCUACGUCCCGUCGUACCAUAGUGUGCCAACGUACUUCUACCAACAGUGCGUACCACGCAACUUGCCUCAGUUUGAAGACUAUUCCGCACCGGUUACGUACGAAUGUGUCGAUAUGUAUAGCACCGUUCGUAAGUACCAGUACACCGUCGACUACCAGCAUGUCUACCCAGUGUACGAAGAAUUUGUUAAACCAUUCUGGUUCUGGGCGAAGCACGUCGGACCAGCCUACUAUCCGGAAGUUGAGCAGUUCCACUUUGUGCCUGAUAAUCGGUUCGUUGUAGAGGUGGAGUAUCCGAUGUACUAUACCUACCCGACGGUGGAUGUUGUGGUAAAGUCGUCCUACGAAACGGUUGCUUUCGAUCACGUACCCUGCUACGAUUGGGUGUGGAUGUUCCAACCAGAUAGUACGGUCUUCACUAAGUACUUUGAGGUGAUGAAAUCCUUCGGCUAUGUGGACAGCUGUGUUGUCAACCCUGUGUACGAAUAUGCUCCCUAUCACUACACCGUCAGCAAGCAGCCGGUCUUCAACGAAUGGAUCCUGUACGCUUCCGAUCAUCCUGUCUCCUACACCUGGGCCGUUUAUGUGCAGAAGCUGGAAAAGAACCGUGUUGCCUUCAAGCUCGUCCUAAACGGUCACAGCGUGGUGGUUCAACCGCUCUUCGGAAAGCAGUACGAAACUACCGGCACGAAGUACUCCUUCACGGUUGAUAACGAACUGAUGUACGCCCUGGAGCAUGGUAGCACCGAUGUCUAUCCGUUCAAGUACUACUAUGUGUACGAUACGCUCGUCUUUACCAUACCGCACGUAUCGCUCUACGUGGUUUACGAUGGUUAUCAGGUGAAGAUCGAAACACCCAAAACGGAAAAUGUUACAUUCUAUGGCCAGUGCUAUGUGUAAUUUUUAGACGAGCUUUCUAAGGUGCGCUCCAACGCACACCAGCUUCUGUUUAAUUCGAAAUUUUCAAUAAACGAACACACCUCUUGACUUUGCUCAGCA